GAAUAAAGCGAGCCAGGGGGUCAAUUGUAUAGUGAAAUUCACAAAAGUGAGCUCUCACUUGAUUGAAUAACUUUCAUCAUAGUGAAAAUGCGAUAUUCAUCACGUGAGAUUGCUCGGAAAGAAAUUCCAUGUCGAAUUGUGUUAAAAGUGCAUCUAAAAUGUAAAAAGUGUGCAAAAGUGUGUUCUCUGAAAAUAUCGUAACCAACAUUGGUUGUAUUUAGCGAUUUAGCGGUGAUAAGAGAUCAGUGAGCGGUUAACUAAAAUAGCAACUCUACAGCUAAUUGAAGAAUUAAUAAAUUAUAUGCCGAUUCCAAAAAGAAGUACUGCAAUUCCUCCAUAUUUACAAAUAUUUGCAACACUUCAUUUUCUUGCAUCUGGUUCCUACCAACAAAAAGUAGGACAAGAUUUUUUAUCAUGCAUGAGCCAAACAUCAAUCUCUGUUUCCAUUCAUGUUACAAUAGAAGCAUUAAAUAGAAUUAUAGGACAAUGGAUUCAAUUUCCAGUAUCACAGAGAAAAAAACAAGAAAUUAAACAAAAAUAAAUAUAUUACAUAAUUUUUUGAAAAAACUGGAUUUCCUGGAGUGAUUGGCGCUAUUGACGGUAGUCGCAUAGCUAUUUUUCCACCACAGAAGGAAAGAGAACAUUUAUUCAUUAAUAGAAAACUAUAUCAUUCCCUAAAUAUGAUGAUUGUUUCUUCCUACAGUAGUAAAAUAUUAGCAGUAAAUGCACUACAUGGGGGAAGCACACAUGAUUCUAGAGUCUUCCGUUCUUCGAGUCUCUUUAAUCAUUUACAAAAGCAACAGGAAGCUGAUGAAAGAGGAGAUGCUGCGUAUCCACUCAAGCCAUUUCUUUUAAAACCAUUUAUGAAUGCUCCUGCAGGAUCACCGGAAGCUAAAUAUACAGAACAUAUAGUUAAAGCACGGUCUGCAGUAGAAAAGUAUUGGGAUUUUAAAAGGACGAUGGCGAUGUUUGAGAAAAGAAAGAGCAUUGCAUUAUCAGCCAGAAUUUGCAGCGUAUAUUAUUAAUGCAUGUUGUAUUUUGCACAACGUUGCUAUAAAAUUUAACAUUCCACCAUAUGAAAUAUAUUUUGAAGAACUAG